CCAGAGAACGCAACGGUUAUGAACGAGGCCCGAGGGCUAGUAACCGCUGGCUUCACAAAAAGAAAGUGAAAUAGAUUUUCUCGGUUGAUUUUCCGCUUUUAUAGUGACAGAAUCAAUAUUUACGAUACGGAAUAUCACGUGCACCUUUACAAUGUACCGCUUGAGAUUUGGAUAAAUCUGCUUAAUGCUAGGCUAAUCAAGGGUCAGUCAACAGAUUCUGUUUCAGCUGUUCAUUUCUAUCAUGAAUGACACACAAGCAGGCAGAGAUGAAGAUUUUUCUCCUUCGCGCAGUUCAGAACCAGAGCCCAGCUGUGUGUCUACGAGGAGUGAAUGGUCUAUGGGUCACCCGGUACAUUUUGGAGAAACACAGACUGAUCCCAGUUCAGUUAAUAAAAAGGAAUUUGAAUCAGAGCCCAGCUGCGUGUCUAUGAGGAGUGACUGGUCUAUGGGACACCCAGUGCAUUUUAAGAGUAGAGAUACACCGACCGAUCUGAGUUCAAUUCAGCAGAAGAAAUCAGAACCAGAACAUAGCUGGGUAUCAAUGAGAAAUGAUGAGUUUAUUAGUCACCUGGUACAGAUUGAUCUCAACGAUGAAGUCCUCAACAAAUUUAGAUUCAAUCUGAUGGAAAAGUUUAUGUGCCUGUGUGAAGGAAUAGCAAAGCAGGGAAACCCAACACUCCUGAAUGAGAUCUACACAGAGGUCUACAUCACAGAGAGUGAGAGUGGAGAGAUCAGUAAUGAACAUGAAGUGAGACAGAUUGAGACACAGUCCAGGAGAGCAGCAACAGAGGACACACCGAUCAAAUGCAGUGAGAUCUUUAGAUCUUUACCUGGACAAGACAAAGCCAUCAGAACUGUGCACAAAGGAGUCGCUGGCAUUGGAAAAACAGUCUCUGUGCAGAAGUUCAUCCUGGACUGGGCUGAAGGGAAAAAGAAUCAGGACGUGCAGCUCAUAUUUCCACUUCCUUUCAGAGAACUCAAUCUGAUGAAGGACAAAAUACUCAGUCUUUCAGAUCUUCUUCAUGUCUUUUUCCUUGAAACAAAAGAAAUGGAAAUAUCUUGUGACAAAUAUAAAAUGUUGUUCAUCUUUGAUGGUCUUGAUGAGUGUCGUCUUCCCUUACAUUUUAAAAAUGAGACUCUACGGCAUGCAAACAAAAAGAAAUCAGGGGAUGUGCUACUGACAAACCUGAUUGUGGGGAAUCUGCUUCCCUCUGCUCUCAUCUGGAUCACCUCCAGACCAGCAGCAGCUGAUCUCAUCCCCUCUGAGUGUGUCCAUCGAGUCACAGAGGUACGAGGCUUCAAUGAUCCGCAGAAAGAGGAAUACUUCAGGAAGAGGAUCAUGGAUCAAAGUCUGGCCAAAAGAAUCAUCUCACACCUGAAGUCAUCAAGGAGCCUCUACAUCAUGUGCCACAUCCCAGUGUUCUGCUGGAUCUCAGCCGCUGUUUUAGAGAAGAUGCUGAGUCAAGCAGAGAGUGGAGAGAUUCCCAAGACUCUGACUCAAAUGUACACACACUUCUUGAUCCUUCAGACCGACAUCAAACAUGAGAAGGACUAUGAGAAAAACUUGACAGAUGAAGAAAUUAUCCUCAAACUGGGGAAUCUGGCUUUUCAGCAGCUUGUAAAAGGUAAUCUGAUCUUCUAUGAGGAAGACCUGAUAGAGUGUGGCAUUGAUGUGACAGAAGCAUCAGUGUACUCAGGAUUGUGUACUCAGAUCUUCAGAGAGGAGUUUGGCUGGUAUCAGGGCAAAGUCUUCUGCUUUGUUCAUCUGAGCGUUCAGGAACAUCUGGCAGCUCUAUAUGUGCACCUCUCCUGUAUAAACAGCAACACAAAUGUAUUUGAAGAAAUCAAACAGAGUUUGUGGUCUAAAAUUAAGGACUUUUUUCAACUUGAUUCAUCAGAACAUGUUUCAUUGUCUGAGCUACAUCAGAGAGCUGUGAAUGAGGCUCUACAGAGUAAAAAUGGACAUUUAGACCUUUUCCUGCGGUUUCUUCUGGGUCUGUCUGUGGAGUCUAAUCAGGUUCUCCUUCAAGGACUAAUAAAACAAACAAGAUGCAGGUCUGAAAGCAAUGUGAAAACAGCUGAGUACAUCAAGAUGAAGAUCCGGACCAUUACCUUUCCAGAUAAAUUCAUCAAUCUGUUCCACUGUCUGAAUGAACUGGGUGAUAAUUCACUAGUGGAGGAAAUACAACAGUAUCUGAAAUCUGGAACAGUAAAUAAAACCAAACUCUCUUCAUCUCAGUGGUCAGCUGUGGUUUUUGUGUUGUUGACAUCAGAGGAUAAGCUAGAAGAGUUUGAUCUGAAUAAAUUUGUAGUAGGAAAUAAUAAAGCUGAAAAUAUGAAAGCUUUUCAAAAGCUGCUGCCUUUGAUUAAAGAAGCCAGAUCAGUGCAGUUGUGGGAUUGUGGUCUUACAGAUGAAAGUUGUGCUGCCUUAGCUUCCGCUCUGAGAUCAAACCCCUCACACCUGAGAGAACUGGAUAUGUCUAGGAAUGAACUAGGAAAUUCAGGAGUCACUCUGCUCUCUGCUGUACUGGAGAAUCAUCACUGUAACCUUAAGAAACUAGAGUUGAGAUAUUGUGGUGUCACAGAUGAAGGUUGUGCUGCUCUGGCUUCAGCUCUGAGAUCAAACCCCUCACAUCUGAGACAACUGGAUCUAUCUGGAAAUAACCUAGGAGACUCAGUGAUACUGCUUUCUGAUGUACUACAGAAUCCUCUCUGUAAACUUGAAAAACUGUGGUUGUGGAACUGCGGUGUCACAGAUGAAGGUUGUGCUGCUCUGGCUUCAGCUCUGAAAUCGACCUCGCACCUGACAGAGCUGGAUCUGUCUAAUAAUAAACUACGUGACUCAGAUAUGCAGCUUCUCUGUGAUGCACUUAAGAAUCCCCAAUGCAAACUGGAGAUACUGGAGUUGAGUUAUUGCGGGCUCACAGAUAGAAGUUGUUCUGCUCUGGCUUCAGCUCUGAGAUCAAACCCUUCACACCUGAGACAUCUGAAUCUGAUUGGGAAUAAACAACAGAAGUUAGAAGAUCCAUUUCUUUCCGAUCUGAAGGAUGAUGAACCGUAUUAUAAACUGAAGACAUUAUACUAUUUGUCCCUGUAAUAUGAAUAUCAUUAUGUAUUUUUUCUGAAAUGGAUCUGUGAUGCGACAGCAGUUUCUUCAGGAACGACUUUUGGUGAAUAAGGAGCCACUGCAGAAAUCAACAGAGACUGACAACGCAAAUGCAAUCUUGCUUUUUUUUUUUUUUGCGGGACUGUUCUUAUAAAUUUCCAAAACAGUUUAUUAGAGGACCUGAACUUACUGUAUCAUUUAAAAGUAUUUUUUAUAAGCAAUGACCCAUUGAAAUUAGUGCUGAAGAGCACUAUUAGUAAUUUUGAAUCAUUUUAGAUUCACUAUAUUGACUACAGUGUAGCUGUAACAUUCAGUACACACUGAUAGAAGUGAUCUAAACUCUAAUUUUAAUCUACAAGCCAGACUAUUUAUUCUAAUGUGACGAUGUGAUUUAUUGUUCAAUUAUCCCAGCAUUGUUUUCAUGACUCUUUUAAACAGCAGGAGA